CAUAGUAACUCCUUUAAAACAGAGUGGAGGAGACACACCCUCGCGUACCACCGAGGAAACUUAAACCACCAGCAGGUCACUCCCCUUCACUACGGCUCUGCGCUCCGGCACAGCAGCACCGCGGCCCCCGCACGCUCCUGCUUCCACAGGUGCCAGCACCGGCCCCCAGCCACCCGAGCUCUCUGCACUAGCGACACCACCUAGGAAGGACGCCAAGAUGUUGGUGCUACUGGCUGGUAUCUUUGUGGUUCACAUCGCCACCGUCAUCAUGCUCUUUGUCUCCACCAUUGCCAACGUAAGUAGAGACCACCCUGGAGGAGACACCUGGGGGCUGCUGUCACCUGCUGCAGCAGUAGCCCAUCAUACGGCUGGCAGAGGGACAGGCUGGUGGGUGCUGAGGUCUGUAGAUGAAGGACAUCUGCUCGCAAGUAAGGGUGCGAUGCAGUGAGUCCAGGGCAUGUGAGCCAAACUGGGGUGGUAUGGGGAGGCGGUGGUAUGGGGAGACAGCCUGCCAUGCCCGGUGCUGCAUCCCAGAACCGGCAGCACCUGAACGCUCCUCGUGCAAGCGAGAGGAGAUCAGCAGCUGAUGGCUUUGAAGUGGUAUUUAUCAUCCCAUCUGGCUGUCAGGCUGUUACAUAAUUAUGCGCUCUCCCGUGCCUGUCUGUUUUUAUGAUAACAGCCCGCUCCCGGGAGCCGCCAUCCACACACCUCCUAACAUUUUACCCCUUAUCACCACCCACGAAGGCCCGCGGCCCAAGCACCGCCGGGCCCUAGCCCCGCCGCCGCCUCCAUCUUGGGACGCGCCGCCCGCGCCGGGCCCCUCAGCCGCGGGGCGAGGCCGCCGCCAUUUGCCGCCGCCAUUUGCCGCCGUGCCCGGGGCGAUGGUGACCCCUGGCGGCUCCGCGGGGCCGCCCGGGCCCGGGGUUGUAUCCCCCCCCCCCCCCCCGCUCGGUACGUUCCCCCAACACAAUUGUGUCAUCCCAUUUCAGGUUUGGAUGGUGGGUACCACCACCAUGGGAAAAGGCUCGUGGGGACUCUGGCUAAUGUGCAAUGGCACCUGCAGGCAGCUGACAGUCGGCAGCAGCGAAGCGGCUUCCCUCAAAGCAGCACAAGCCUUUAUGAUCCUCUCAAUCAUUUUCUCCGUCAUCGCGCUUGUCAUGUUCAUUGUCCAGCUGUUCACCCUAGAGAAAGGCAAACGUUUCUACAUCACUGGAGCCAUCAUGCUGGUUUGCUGGUUGUGCAUUCUGAUUGGAGCCUCCAUUUUCACAGCUCGGUUCACAGGCUUGCAGUUAGGGUUUGGAAAUGUUCACCACGGCUACAGCUUCAUAUUGGCCUGGAUCUGCUUUUGCUUCAGUUUCAUCAUCGGCAUCCUCUACCUUGUUCUUAGGAAAAAAUAAGGCUGAUGGGAGUACUGGGGAGGGGGCUGCUGGAGACAGGGAAGAAUUGCUCUGCUGAGAGAACUGUUGGGCCAAUAGAAAAAAAAAAAAGAAAAAAGAAAGAAACAGCCACCAUCAUCACUUCUGCCACCACUACAGAAAGAUACCUAACAAAACUAGAAUCCUCAGAAACUCAUUCACCAAACAGAGGGAAAAACAGCUCCAACUGAUCUCUCACUCCUGGGGCUGCUGCACCAGAAAUCUGCAAGUGACCCAGACAGCUGUUCCCCUUUUCUGCAAAGUUAUGCGAUACCUUCACAAACAUUCAAGUCCAGCAGUGAUGACUGAAGAGCACCACAAAAACAAGGGCUACAUCUUUUUCCCUGUCUAGAGCCCUUCCCACUUACCUUUCAGUGUGCCUUGUGGGUUGGGCAGUGGGCUUAUGACUCCUUUUUUUGUCUAUUGAAACAAAUGGUAUGGGCCUUUUGUUACAGUUAUAUAUAUAUAUAUAUAUAUGCACAUAUAAGAAGGUUAAAGACAUUAAAUUGAGAAACAACCCAAUAGAAAUCAGAUUAAAUUAGUAUUAAAAAUGCUACAUGAACACUGCAGCAAUAUUUUUUUCUGUUCUGUUUCCUAUCUGAUAUUCCCACAGUUGAAUCAAAUACAGUUAGGAAGGGCAAAUAUACAGGCAUGGAUGACGGAUAGAGAGAGAGAAAAAGAGGGGGGGGGGGAAGGUACGUAGGGGUUCCUAAUUACAGAGGAUGCAGUUGCUCAAUGAUGCAUAUGCAGGGAGGGAAUCAUUUGUGUGUGUGUCUACAUUUAAAUCUUCUAUUUAGCUCUAGAACAUAGCAACAACACUGGAACAUCACUUCUUUUUUUUUUUUUAAGUCCUUAUCUGUAGGCAGGUGGGUUUUUUUUGUUGUUGUUUUUUUUUGUUUGUUUUGUUUUUUUGUUUUUCCACAUCGUCAUCCAGGACAUAGUAUUAAUUGAGAGCCCCAAGUUGUGACAAAACUUGUCACAAAAGCAGAUGCUGUUAGCAGAGGAAAGGUAUUCCCUAAUGAGAGACUUGGAGAGAUGAGACAGGACUUGUGUGUUCUCCUCCUUGCUGCACAAUCUUAGGCCAGUCACAAACCGGUGCUUUUCCAUCUGCCUAUACCUACCUCCCAGGGUUGCUGAGAUAUUUUGAGUCCACUCUGUAAUACAAGGUCCCCAUGUGAAAAGCUGGCAUGGGUAAGUCAGGCAUUGUUACUGCUGCAACCCACACAUUUCUGUCAGUUUGAAGAAUCUCAGUUGCAAGCUGACUUUAUAAGGACAAGAGGUCAAAACUUCCUGUGACUCCAUCCAUACCCUAAAAGGCAGAGUAUCUAACAAUGUAUAGGUGCAGAUUGUGCAUGGACCCUGUUUACCCUCUCCCCACCCCCUACCUCACCCCCCCCUUCUGUUACAUUUUCUCUAUGUAGACUUAUCAAUUUGGUGGAUAUAUUCUAUUACUGUACGUUGCUGUUCAUUAACAGAGGUAUUUAUAUAUAGUCACUUGUAAAUACGUUGAAAUGCAUAUUUUUAACUUUUAAGGGUAAUAAAAAUAAAAAAUCUGAUUCCCUU